AUGCUGCAGAAAAAUGUUUGCGCAGCUUUCUUUUGGAGUGUGAAGGCUCUGUCGCCAACUUCGCCGGCGCGCGGGGAGAAUACGCAGGACCCGCCUGAGGCGCGGCCCUGCACGGACGGAUCCCAGCGGGCGCCCGCUCUCGUUUUGGAUUUUUACCUAUGGGCUUUUAUUUCAUGCCAGUAUCGUUUUAUUUCCUCCUUCGCGGGGGCGGCGGCGACUGAAAAUGGCGUGGUGCCGUUCAGCCUGCGAAUGCCGUCGCGCCAAUUCGAAAAUGAGCGCGAAAAACGAAGUUUAGGAAA